AUGACAGCCCACUAUCUUAUUCUACAGAUACUGCGGAUCAUUACAGCUGCUUAUAAUAUUCUAAGCUGUUUUCUAGUACUCCACAUACUGGAUCUUCACCUCAGCUGCCUACCCGUCAUGAUCUCAAAUUAUAAGAUUCUAUUUCCUCCACAGGAGCUCACUGUAUACAAGCACCAGAUAAUCCCAGCCUGGCACGGCAGCAUCACGGGCCAUGUACUGCUCAGAGACGGCAAUUACCACUGGAAGAUAGAUGGCGUGUGGCAGGUCGAGUGGGAUAGGACCAAUGGGAUGCAGGCAGAAAACUACAUGGAUUUAGAGAUAUUCAAGUCUAUUUGGCCGUCAAAUCAAGGAGAAAAGACCUGGCCUAUAAAAUGGCGUAGCUGGCCGUUACAGUGA